CUUGGGAUUCGUCCUUGGCGUCGAACCCGAAAAUCAUGGAAAGGUCUCGAACAACGAUAGCGAGGGAGACGAGGUUGGUGUUGAGACCACGUGGAAAUGAAUACUACGUGUAUAGGCAUGUUGGCGUGUCUCUUUCCUCGCCUUUCCUAUUAACUCGUCUCUCUAUCUUUACUAUUUCCUUCUCCGGAUUCGGAUUGUCCUUCGUACCAACAAUCUCUGACUCUAUCUCAGUCCCUACAAAACUUCAACUCUUCUAAACCAACUAUACUCCUUGAUAUUUUUGUGUCUGCAAAUGGCAAUAGUCAAUGCCUCUGCUGUUCUUUCUGUAUCUCCUCAACCUCCUUCCUUACCAACAUUUUCCAAACUCCUCACCCGCACGUUGGCUGCUGCUAGACCAACAGCAAGAACCCUCGUUAUCAGUCCGUCUUUUGCAAUGAAGAAUGGGAUUGGUAAAGCUGUUGAAAAAGUUGAAAAAGAAGACGGCAUAGAAGAGCCCAGUGAAUCCUUCUUAUACUCCUUCACUCCUCUGCCUUUGCUCUUCCUGGCUACUCUUCCUGGGGCUGGGGCAGUGAGAUCCGUGUUUGGGCCUUUUGCUGAGCUUGUCAAGUCAUGGAAUCUUCCCGACUGGCUUGUACAUUGGGGUCACCCAGGAAACAUGGCAGUUGUGCUCUUUGCCAUGGGUGGCUAUGGAACCUAUCUAGGUUUCCGAAUACGAUUUUCUGAUGAUGUAGAGGAGAAGGCUAAGGCCAAAGACUUGCACCCGAAGCUUCUAGGUGGGAUGUUUUUCUUCUUUGCUCUUGGAGCAACUGGUGGAAUAACAGCUCUGCUUACUUCAGACAAACCCAUCUUUGAGAGUCCUCAUGCUGUUACAGGUUUGAUUGGCCUAGCCCUCUUGACCAUACAAUCCACAUUACCUGUAUUAUUUGAGAAUAAUCCUGGAUUAAGAAGUGUUCAUGGUAUCUUGGGUGGCGGGAUUAUGUCACUGUUUCUUGUACACGCUGCCCUUGGACUUCAGCUUGGACUCAGUUAUUAACCAUAGCCUUGUUUAUGCCUAUCCAUCUGCAUUUUUUAUUAACUCAUUGAUCUAUUUGGAGGCUUCGAGGUAUCAAUUUCCAUGUAAUCUGAGCCUCAUGCAAUUAUAAUGAUACCAUUGAGCAUGUUCUC